AAAAAAAACAAAAAACACAACUAAUCAUAGGCUUCUCCAUCUUCUUGUCUGCAGGAUGAUGCAAUUUUUCAGACAAUUUUCUUCCAAAAUCUUUUCGUAAUUCUGUUUUAUUUUUCAACGUUUUAGGUUUUUACCAAUCCGCCGUAGUUAUAUCCAACAUUAAUUUUUUUCCCUCUUCUCAGAAAAAAAUAAAAUUCAACUCAUCUCUAGAGUUUUUAGGUUCUUCCAAGAAAUUGAAUUUGGAAGGAGGCUUUGAUGGGUUUGAAUUUUCCAUAAUCGUCCCUUGUUUACGACUCUUGUUGUUUGAAAAUGCUAUGGCUCGUGAGGGGAUGUUGUUUUGAUUUUGGGAAAGUCUUGUUUGAAUGGUCACGGCUUUUCUGAACAUUCGCGUGUUCUUUCUUGUCUCGGCUCUGCUUCGAAAUGUCUCUCGGCCAAGAAAAUGUUGAUCCUGUUGAAGUUUCAGGGUCGCAUGCUUGCUUAUAUGAACUUUUAUGUUCUGAGACACCCAAAUGGACUCCUCUUAGGGUUGAAGAUUUGCAAACAUCUUCUUCUGAUCCCAGAGAUCGGUUGGAGAAGUUGCUGAAGCAACCUGGGAAUAAAUAUUGUGCUGACUGUGGCUCUCCUGAACCAAAAUGGGUAUCGUUGAGUCUUGGUGUAUUUAUCUGCAUUAAGUGUUCUGGUGUACACAGAAGUCUUGGAGUUCAUAUAUCAAAGGUUCUAUCAGUAAAGCUAGACGAGUGGACAGAUGAUCAGGUUGACAUGCUUGUAGGUUACGGUGGAAACACGGCAGUGAACGAAAGAUUCGAAGCUUGCAACAUCGACCAGUCAAAGAAACCAAAACCAGAUUCUACUAAUGAGGAACGAAAUGAUUUCAUUAGAAAAAAAUAUGAGCAGCACCAGUUUAUGGAUCCAAAGGAUGGUGCUUUGUGCACUUAUCAGCAGCCUAGCAGAACAAACACUUCACCACCGUCUUUAUGUUCUGCAAGCCACCGUUCUACAAAAAACCGUAUUGGUCAUGCAUUUAGGAAUAGCUGGGGAAGAAGAGAAUCUGAUCACAAAGGACCAAAGAAGAGCAAUUCCAUGGCAGGUAUGGUUGAGUUUGUGGGGUUGAUUAAGGUUAACGUGGUAAAAGGAACCAACCUUGCGGUUCGAGACGUGAUGACCAGCGAUCCUUAUGUUAUCCUUGCUCUUGGCCAACAAGUGAGCUCUCUACCAAAUCUCUCUAGACUUGUAUGAUUUGAAGUUAACCUCGGUCUUUUUCAAUGUUUGUUUGUUGUAGUCGGUAAAAACACGGGUGAUAAAGAACAACUUGAAUCCUGUGUGGAAUGAGACGCUAAUGCUUUCGAUACCCGAGCCCAUGCCUCCUCUCAAAGUGCUAGUGUACGACAAGGAUACAUUCUCGACAGAUGAUUUCAUGGGAGAGGCAGAGAUAGACAUACAACCAUUGGUGAGUGCAGCAAAAGCAUACGAGACAUCGAGCAUAAAGGAACCGAUGCAGCUGGGAAGUUGGGUGGCGAGCAAAGAGAACACAUUGGUGAGUGAUGGCAUAAUCUUACUUGAAGACGGGAAAGUGAAACAAGACAUUUCACUUAGGCUACAAAAUGUUGAAAGAGGUGUUCUUGAGAUCCAGCUUGAAUGUCUUCCUCUCACUCAAUGAUGAUACUUUCUUCUUCAUCCCUCUUCUUUUUUUUUUUCUUUAAAAGAUUUAUUUCUAAAUUUAUAGUGAAGAAAAGAUGCUGCUACUUUCUUGUUGUUCCACCUCAAACAAAACCUCUGUAAAAAAACAACACCAUGAUUUGAUUUGAUGAUUCUUCAGAACCAA